AUGGCUGCGCAAAUGACUCCUUCGAAGCAGGCUGCUUCCGCAAUUGAGAACUUCAACAUGGAGUCCCCUGUCAAAAAGCUCGACUUCGGUGCCGCCAACAAGGAAAACGAGCCUCUCAACCAAACCACCGAUACCACCGAGCUGAAGACAAAGAUCGUUGAGGAGACCAAGAAGGAGGAGACCAAGACUGCUGCCCCUGGCAUUAAGGCUGAGGAAGCCGACGAGCCCCUCCUUCAAGAGAAUCCUCAGCGAUUUGUUCUCUUCCCUAUUAAGUACCAUGAGAUCUGGCAGAUGUACAAGAAGGCAGAGGCUUCCUUCUGGACAGCCGAGGAGAUCGAUCUUUCCAAGGAUCUCCACGACUGGAACAACCGUCUGACUGCAGAUGAGCAGUUCUUCGUCUCCCACAUCCUCGCUUUCUUCGCUGCCUCUGAUGGUAUCGUCAACGAGAACCUUGUUGAGCGAUUCAGUGGCGAGGUCCAGAUUCCCGAGGCUCGAUGCUUCUACGGUUUCCAGAUCAUGAUGGAGAACAUCCACUCCGAGACAUACUCCCUACUCAUUGACACCUACAUCAAGGAGCCUGCCCAAAGAACAUACCUCUUCAACGCCAUUGACACUAUUCCUUGCAUCCGAAAGAAGGCUGACUGGGCCAUUCGAUGGAUCCAGGACAAGGACUCCUCAUUUGCUCAACGUCUUGUUGCCUUUGCUGCCGUUGAGGGUAUCUUCUUCAGCGGUGCCUUUGCCUCUAUUUUCUGGCUCAAGAAGCGUGGCCUCAUGCCUGGUCUGACCUUCUCCAACGAGCUCAUCUCUCGUGACGAGGGUCUUCACACUGACUUUGCCUGCCUCCUCCACUCUCACCUUAAGGGACGUGCCAGCAAGCAGAUGAUCCAGGACAUCAUCACCGAUGCCGUUACCAUUGAGCAGGAGUUCCUUACUGAGGCUCUCCCUUGUGCUCUUCUGGGCAUGAACUCCAACCUCAUGAAGCAGUACAUCGAGUUUGUCGCUGAUCGUCUGCUCGUUGCUCUCGGUAACGAGAAGGUGUACAAGGCUACAAACCCCUUCGACUUCAUGGAGAACAUCUCUCUGGGUGGCAAGACCAACUUUUUCGAGAAGCGCGUUGCCGACUACCAAAAGGCCGGUGUCCUCCACAGUGCCAGCAAGAAGGCUGACGAGGAGGAGACACCCAAGGGCGAAAACGGCGGAGACUUCACUUUUGACGAUGACUUCUAA